CAAUCAUUUUCACGCAGUGGUGUGGGGCGGUGCUAAUGUGGAAGCAACUCACGCGAGUCUUUGAACGUGCAUUUUAAUCAGCACGCUGCAGCUAAGAGGACUUGGAACGUCAGUCAGUAGCAGAUAGAGGGAUGCCUGCCUCUCUCAGAAGAUUAUCCUCAGGUUUAUUGGUUCAGAUUACCAAUCACAAUGAUGCAAAGGAGAAGAAACACAAUGGAGAACCCUUUAUUCUAUUCAUCUCACAAACCACAUCACGGAUGGAUUCAAGUCUCAGAUAUGAGGGGUCCUGCAGGCCACUGGAUGUCAUGUGGUCACCCGUGUGCUGAACGUGCCGAGUGGAACCCCAAAUUCUGUGUGGUCACCGACUAUCAAAUGCUGCUGCUGGACAAAGAGGAGAUACACCCUCUGCUCCUACAGGAGAAGAGGACUGACACCUGCAAAUCCAGACUGCUGCGUCGCACCAUCAGUGUUCCUGUGGAGACGCAGUUCCCGGAAUUCCAGUGUCAUCUCUCAGUGGACAACAGUGAGUGUACUACUGUUACUCCACGUGUUUACAACACGGCCAGGAUACACCCUCUGCUCCUACAGGAGAAGAGGACUGACACCUGCAAAUCCAGACUGCUGCGUCGCACCAUCAGUGUUCCUGUGGAGACGCAGUUCCCGGAAUUCCAGUGUCAUCUCUCAAUACACCCUCUGCUCCUACAGAAGAAGAGGACUGACACCUGCAAAUCCAGACUGCUGCGUCGCACCAUCAGUGUUCCUGUGGAGACGCAGUUCCCGGAAUUCCAGUGUCAUCUCUCAGUGGACAACAUUUGA